GUAUCCCCACCAACGGCUGGUGACAAGGUGACCCCUCCGACACCGGAGAGUAUUGCGGCGGAUUGCCAAGCGCUUCAUGCGCAGAUGCUCCGACUAUCGGAUGAAAUGUGCAGAGCGGUUGAGGCAGAUGAUCUUCCCCGUGCCGGGGCGCUGAGAGGGGUGUUAGAAACCUUACGAGCCACACGUGACUCGCGCCCCGUAACCAAGCACGAACCACGAAAACCGAGAAGCUGGCCUGAAUGGCCGUCGAACCGAUACCAACUACACAAUGUAUUAGAAAGAUACUACAGGAGCCCUGGUGGAGGCACUCAAGAAUGUGCAGAUCUCAGGCCUAGACACGGCGUGGAGUUUGCGGUGGGUUUACAAGAGUUGCAGAUAACACAGAUCUGCUCCCACGAAACUCAAGCGACAGUCGACCCCACAUUCCGGAAGUUGGCGAAGAGACACUCUCGGGUGUCAAAUGUACCUAUUAUGGAACAGAUGACACAAUUAAUGGAGAAUCACAGACGUACCCACGAACGCAGCCAUACGGAUGCGGAAUUCAAGCAAAGCCUUUUGAACCACUGCAUUGUGCAGUUGUUGGAAGACUCCCUUGGGUCUCGGACAUAUGAGCGGACGCUACAACUGCACACCAAAUGGCACUUGAUGGAAACUCACGAAUUGUUGCAGCUUCUCAGUCCUGAUAUUCAAGAAGCACAGACAAGAACUACGGUGAGGAUGUCGAACCGACGACCACAUACCAACGAUCAUCAACGGGGGGAUGGGACGGUAACACGUACACCACAUAUGACCACUCCACGAGGGACACAACAGUGGCAACAGCGCACGCAACUGUCGAAUACAACAACAACACGUGGCGGGUGCCAGGCACAAGCACCACCAGGGUUGAGGCACAUUCUUCGCUGUCAUAACUACAGGGCAGCGACCCAGGACAACCGUGGCUCCACGUCAGAGACACGUCAACGUGGCCCAGGACCACAUAGUGCAGUAACACCUUGUACAACGAUAACACCAUCGGUUCCACCGGUACGGAGCGCGGGAGGCGACAACACGACGCAACCGCAGGUCCAUAGUCUCACAGACACGUCGGCAUGGGAUACCCCACCUACCGCCACGGAUCUACAUAUUGGAGUGCUGCUUUCUGGUGAUAUGGGGGAGCGUGAUCCGACAGGAAACGAUAAGAUAUCCCCAUAA